UCCAGAAGUGAGUAUCAAUCAGAGAGCGGGGAGAAGGACAAAAAGAGAAGAAGGAAGAGGCAGAAAAGCAGGACGGAGAGACAAAAGCGAUAGAUAACAUUAGUUUCGAGCAAUCAAACGCGCCGUAGAGAUGGCAUAUCAUAUCGUUAGAGGUUUGAAACAUAAUUUAUAGUCAUAGUUUUUGGAUUACUUUCGUCAUUGUCGACUCUUUGCACUGUUGUAAACAUUGACGUGCGCAUUUUCCUUGUGCUCACUGCUUGGACGGAGUUUUUGUUUUCCCUCUUGUGGAUUUGCCUUGGGAGAAAUGAGUGACAGGAGGCGAUCUGCCGCUGCUCUGAGCUCGAGAGCGCACGCCUUUUCGGUGGAAGCCCUGAUCGGGUCAAACAAGAAGAGAAAGCUCCGCGCCUGGGAGGAAAAGGAGCUGGAGUUGUCUAUGGAGAGCCUCGCCACCAACGGACAAUUAGGAGACGGCGACGACCCUGCACAUUGUCUAGAUAUCGACCCCGAUUCGGAGGCGAGCCCGGGAUCAGACGGUGAGGGUUUGGCGGAGAGGACGUCGUGCUCCUUCGGCUCACCCGCGGAUCUGGCCCCGGCGGCCUGCGAGCCGUCUCCCGCAGCCUCCAUGGAGGAUAUUCAGGUGGAGCUGCAGUGCGCAGACCUCUGGAAGCGCUUCCAUGAAAUUGGCACGGAGAUGAUCAUCACUAAAGCGGGGAGGCGGAUGUUCCCUGCAAUGAGAGUAAAGAUUGUGGGUCUGGACCCCCAUCAGCAGUAUUACAUAGCCAUGGACAUUGUUCCUGUGGACAAUAAGAGAUACAGGUAUGUGUACCACAGCUCCAAGUGGAUGGUGGCGGGGAACGCGGACUCCCCCGUGCCCCCGCGGGUCUACAUCCACCCAGACUCCCUGGCCUCUGGAGACACCUGGAUGAGGCAGGUGGUCAGCUUCGACAAACUCAAACUCACCAACAAUGAGCUGGACGACCAGGGCCAUGUGAGUGAGCCGAUCAUCCUUCACUCCAUGCAUAAGUACCAGCCUCGUGUCCAUGUGAUCAGAAAGGACUUCAGCAGUGACCUGUCCCCCACAAAGCCUGUUCCCAGCGGAGAGGGAGUGAAGACCUUCAGUUUCCCUGAGACUGUCUUCACCACUGUCACCGCCUACCAGAACCAACAGAUAACAAGACUAAAGAUCGACCGCAACCCAUUUGCUAAAGGAUUUCGGGAUUCAGGCAGAAACAGUCUCUCGUUCUCUCUCUCACACAGGACUGGUCUGGAGGCGAUCAUGGAGACCUAUGCGUUCUGGAGACCGCCUGUGAGGACACUCACGUUUGAGGACUUCACCAACAUGCAGAAACAGCAAGGAGGAAGCACGGGCACCUCUCCCACCACCUCCAGCACAGGAACCCCCUCCCCUUCUGGUGCAGCCCACCUCCUGUCCCCCUCCUGCUCACCGCCUACCUUCCACCUGGCCCCCAACACCUUCAAUGUGGGCUGCAGGGAGAGCCAGUUGUGCAGCAUGGGGUUGUCUGAGUACCCGGCCUGCGCCCGCAGCAACAUGGCGGCCCUACAGGGCUACGGGGGCCUGGCUGACAGCUCCUACGGACGCCUCCAGGCAGCAGGGGGCACUGUGGCCUCCACCCAGCAGUCUGAAUCCUUCCUGCCCCAGAGGACUUCCUCCCUGAUUGCUGCGGGAAUGCAGGGGGGCAGCCAUGGCUCUCUGUCCAGUGGCAGCAGUGGAAGUGCUGGCGGAAAGAUGGAUGCCUAUGGAGGUCAGUUGACCUCGUUCCCGGCCUCCCAGCUGCAGUAUGUGAUGCAGGCGGGCUCUAGCUCAGCUUCUGGCUCUUCCUCCUCUGGCUCCUCCCCCUCAUCCGCCCACAUGUUUAGUGGGGGCCACCACCAUGUGCAACAGGGGUCCUACAACGCCUUCUCACUCCACAACCCCUACAACCUGUAUGGAUACAACUUCCCCACCUCCCCUCGUCUGGCUACCAGCCCCGAGAAGCCCCAGGGCGGCCUCCUGUGUUCCUCUUCCCCUGCCGGGGCAUUUGCCGAGCGCCAGUACCUGUCCAACGGUGGCAUGGACAGCAUGCACAUGAUCGGCAAUCCCUCCACUGGCCAGCAGGGGGCAGGCUCCUGUGAUGGCCGGCAGUAUGGCUCCUCCUCUCAAAUGUCUAUGCACAUCGUGUAAAAACUAGGAUCUCACUUCUGACCCAUUUUCGCUGUCCCAUUAUUUCAACAAGUUAUGUUUCUUCUACGAUAAAUCUGUUAUCUCAGAUGUGCUAUUGAUGUUGAGUCAUUUUACGUUUAGCGUUUGUAAUACUGAGGUAGUGUACAAAGUUAACCUUUAAAAAAAAAUGCAUUUUCAUCUCAUGAUGCUUGUUGUUUUGAAUUUCCCCCCAACAGGCUUUAUUCAACGGAAUGAAACUGUUAUUUAAUUGCCACAAUAGUGUUAAAAAGGCAAAGUGAAACCGUAUACCUGACUCUCUCAGUAACUGUUCAGAACACUAACCCCAUUAUUGGGGACACACAGAGGGAUCCGUGAAGGAGAGGGGCCCAUAUACUCUUACUGUGCAGGGAUUCUCAGGAGUGAACCCAUGAAUUUGUUAUGGUGCAAUAGUAAUGACAGCCUCUACAGUAACUCAGCCCUGUUGCUAUGGAUUAUAUCCAGCCCCGGACAUGAUGUGACAGGGGCUUCGUGAGAUCCAGACACUUCCCCUCCACUUCCACAUCUCUAGUUGUAACAGGACAGUUAUGCAACAUUAUUCUAUAGCAUUGUGGCAAAAUUGAGAGAGAACUGGGUUGUGGAUAUUAACAGUGCCUGAUCAAUAUGGUUUCCCCUCUGGCCACUCAGAGGUGAUGAAGGGAGGAUGAUGGAUGGACAAAGGGUGAACAUAAUAUAAUACAGCACAUACUGGAGGGAUGAAGUCAAAGACCUACAGGUCAGGGUGAGGGAUGAAGUCAAAUACCUACAGGUCAGUGUGAGGGAUGAAGUCAAAUACCUACAGGUCAGGGUGAGGGAUGAAGUCAAAGACCUACAGGUCAGGGUGAGGGAUGAAGUCAAAUACCUACAGGUCAGGGUGAAGGAUGAAGUCAAAUACCUACAGGUCAGGGUGAGGGAUGAAGUCAAAGACCUACAGGUCAGUGUGAGGGAUGAACUAUGUGUGUCCGACAGGGGCCCAGUUGUUGGCCCUGCAUCUCUCAGUGGACAUGCUGGAUGAGAGGCUCUGUUCAAGGGGACACUGAAUAUACAGUGAAAUCACCACAAUCUUAUCAAUUCCUUUCCCCACAGACUGGAAUGGCUUCACAAUUUUGAGUGGAUUACCUUUUAAAAAGCAUAUAUAAGAUGGUGAAUGCAAGUAAAAACCAUACGCUUUAAAAUUGUUGUGUGAAAUGUUUUAAAUAUACAAUAGGAGAACAGAGUAAUUAAAGUAUGUUUUGGUGUGUUGUAGAUAAGCGUAUUUAAGUGCCAAGCAAUAAUGCUAUUGGCCAAUCUAUCAUGAAGACAAAUGUGUGGAAAAAAGGGAAAUAUCAAAAAUAUUCUUUAGAAAGGCAUUAAAAAAAAUGUACAUACAGGUGCCAAGCACAGUAAUGUUCAAUAAACAUUUGAAUUCA